AGACUAUCGCAAUCAUCACUCCUUCGUAUUCAAUUCCAAAGGUGAAACCGAGAAAGUACUCUACAUUGUCCUCAAGAUCAUAAGCUUUGGAGAUUCAGCAACUUUGCAUAAAUCAGAAUGCCAAAACCAAGUAUUAGAGGUUCAGAGUUGCCUCAGAGGCAAUCUCCUAGGCUAAGGACAUCAUUGUUGUCCACUUCCUCUGAUCCGCAUCACCUUAGCCGUCCGAUUACAGACCGGAGUCCAAAGCUCGGCCUUGACCGUAGAUCUCCGAGGAGUGGUGGGCCUCACACGGAUCCGCUGACUCAGAAGAAGCUUGGAAGUCGCAUCUCUGGCUUGGAGUCACAGCUAGGACAAGCCCAGGAAGAGUUGAGUUUGCUCAAACAGCAGUUGGCUAAAGCUGAAGCUGCCAAGAAACGUGCUCAAGAAGAGCUUCUUAGGAAGAAAUCCAAGAAAUCAAACCCUCCUGCUCCGGAGAGAGAUGACAUUCCUGGAUAUGGACAUCAAGAGACCGAUGUGUUCGAGGUUCUUGUUGAGAAAGCAAAAGAAAGUGAUCAGACGAAGAAUGAUGAAUUGGCUUCUAAGGAAGACCAAAUCAAUGUAUUGAAAGCUAGACUAUAUGACUUGGAGAAAGAAAGGGUAUCACUUGGCCAAGAGAACGAGAGCUUGAAGAAUCAGUUGAAGAAGACGGAUUCGGAAAUGUCCAGCGUAAAGGCGAAAGAAGAUGAGAUAGCUUCAAAGGUGAGUCAGAUUGGGGAAGAACUGGAAGAAAGCAAUGAGACCACAGCGAAGCUAAAGAAAAAGCUCGAAUCUGUGGAAGAAGCAAAAGAGAGUCUAGAAGCUGAGAUGAAGAAGCUGAAGGUCCAAACCGAGCAGUGGAGGAAAGCAGCAGAUGCUGCAGCUGCGGUUUUAGCUGGAGGGGUUGAGAUGAAUGGCCGGUUCUCAGAGCAGUAUGGGUCAAUGGAGAAGCAUUUUGCAGGCAGGUUUGUCGGAUCACCGGGAAUGGCUGAUGAUUCGGAUGACGGGUUAGGGUUUGGGAAGAGGAAAGGUUCAGGGAUGAAAAUGUUCGGUGACCUGUGGAAGAAGAAAGGGCAAAAAUGAAGUGAUAGAACAAACAGUAGCGUGUGAUUCAAGUAAGCAGUGUGCUUUUACUUUGUGGGAUGAUCUAAGUAAGUGUCUCUACGAAAUGAUGGCUCAUCACUUCGUAUUAUAUAAAUUAUCUAGAGAUUU